AUGGCUUCGGACCGGUCUAAAAGGAGUUCUUCGCUAAUCAAAGCAAGGACCCUUAGUGUCAGCUUACUAAAUGGAACAUUGGAUGCAAUCUUGAUAUUUCCCAUUGGUUUUGGUGUUAGAGGUGCGGCAGUUGCUACUGUGAUUUCUGAAUAUCUGAUUGCCAUCAUUCUUCUCUGGGAGUUGAAUGGGAAAGUUGCACUGAUCUCUCCAAAUGUUGACUGGAGAAAAGUUCCCCUCUACGUAAAAUCUGGUGGACUUCUUAUAGGCAGGACAAUAGCAACCCUUGGAACUCUGACACUUGCAACAUCACUGGCAGCUAGGCAGGGGCCCAUUCCUAUGGCUGGUCAUCAGAUUUGCGUUCAAGUUUGGUUGGCAGUAUCUUUGCUAACUGAUGCUUUAGCACUCUCUGGUCAGGCUCUUCUUGCCACUAAUUACUCCCAAGCAAAUUAUCAACAAGCUCGCGAAGUGAUUUACGGUGUUCUUAAGUUUGGUUUGGUAACGGGAUUUUCUUUGGCUGUAAUCUUAUUAAUUGGAUUUGGAGCAAUUUCUGGCUUAUUUACAACAGAUUCACCUGUUCUCCAAAUUGCCUGGUUGGGUACUUUGUUUGUCGCUGGGUCUCAGCCAGUGAAUGCCAUGGCUUUUGUUCUUGAUGGGCUCUACUACGGGGUUUCAGACUUCGAAUACGCUGCCGUGUCAUAAGUUGUUUUAACUUCCUUUCAUGCUAACCUAUGACUAAGUAUGAGUUUUGCUGUAAUAAUCUUUGACAAACUGAUAUAUUUCCCAUAUGUGAUUGUGUAGGUGGUAAUUGGAUUGAUCUCAUGUGCAUUCCUAGUGGUGGCUGAUUCUUUGUUCAGUCUUGGUGGAAUGUGGACUGGCCUAUUUCUCUUCAUGACCUUGCGGGUGGUUGCUGGAUUUUGGAGGUUGGGCACAAAAAGUGGGCCAUGGAAAAUGAUUUAUUGUGAGACGGAGAGAGGAAAGGGAUAAGAUUAAGAAGAAUGCAUCUAAGCAGGCAGGGCCAAAGCUUUCAAGCUAUACGAAGGUGG